CCUUGCUCCCCAAGGCUCUGCGGCUUCAUCCCUCAGCAGAGCGGGCCGCGGCUGCGGCCAUGGACACGGAAGCUGGGGAUGGACCGGGAGCCAUGAGCUGGAACAGCCAGUGCUCAGGAUUUCCAGUACCCCCUGCAGGGUCCUGUGAGGGAUCUGAGAGCUGUGAGAGGAAAAAAGGCCAAUGUUGGGGGUCCCUGGAGCGCUGGGGUCAGACCAUGGAUGGAGAAGUAUUGCUCCCGGCUCUGUAUGAGGAGGAAGAGGAAGAUGAAGAAGAAGAGGAAGAGAAAGAGGAGGACAAAGAGGAGGAGAAAGAGAAAAAGGAGCCACAGGACAGUGAUGUGAAGUCUCUACAGGGAGGCAAGCCCCGAGGGCUGAGCCUCACUGAGACAGAGCUGGAAGAGCUGAGAGCCCAGGUGCUGCAACUAGUGGCUGAGCUGGAAGAGACAAGGGAGCUGGCUGGACAGCACGAGGAUGAUUCACUUGAGCUCCAAGGACUCCUGGAGGAUGAGCGGUUGGCCAGUGCCCAGCAGGCAGAGACCUUCACCAAGGAGAUCCAGAAACUCCAGGGUGAACUAAGGUCCCUGAGAGAAGAGAUCUCCAUUCUUGAGCAAGAGAAAGAGACUGAACUGAAGGACAUAGAACAGGAGCUGCAGAUGGCCCAAGACGAGAUCCAUACGCUGCGACAGGCAGCAGAGGAUGCUGCAGUGGAGCAUGAGGGUGACAUAGCCUCUCUGCAGGAGGACCUGUGCCGCAUGCGCUCCCAGCUUUCAGGCAUGGAGCGCAUGCAGGAGGAGUACGAGUUGGAGAUCAAUUCUUUGCGGUCUGAGAUCCAGUUGAAGGAUUCCGAUCACUCUGAGAGCAUGGUCCUCUCAGAUGUUAGCUUGCUGCAAGAGGAACUGCAACAGUUGCGGGACCGUUGCAACCUCUUGACUGAGGAAUACAAUGCCCUGCAAAUGAGUAACAGCAGCCUGUGUGAACAGCUUGAGGAGAUGGAGUCCCAGAGGUAUUGCAGUGAGGAUCCAUUGGAGAAAUGCAGAGAAAUGAGGAUGGCAGAAAGAUGGUCAAAGAAGAUGAUGUCAACGGCUGCAUGUCAGACUUCAGGAAUGGAUAUGUUUGUGGAUAUCCUAUACCCCUGUGAGGAGGAAGAAGAAGAGGAGGAGGAAGAAUCUGAAAACCUUCGGCAACAGCUUCACGGUGCUGAGGGGCACGUGCAGGAGAUGCAAAAAAAGUGUAAGGACCUGCACAUUGAACUACAAGAGUUACAGAAGGUGCAUCGGGCCAGUGAGGAAGAGCAGAAGCGCCUGCAGAGGGAGCUGAUGAAUUGCAAGGAUGACAUUCAUCGGCUGAGAAGUUCCCAGGAUGCCCUUAUCAAAAGCCAGACGGAUGAGCUGAUGAAAAAACUGGCUGAGCUGCAGAGGAAGUACCAAGAGAGCCAGUCAGAGCAGGCAAGUCUCAUAAAGGCACGGAACCAACUUCAGGGAGAGCUUCUUGCAAGUAAAGAAGAGCAACGUAAGCUCAUGGUUAAGAGGGGAUCCCUUGCAGAAAGCAACAAAAAUGAGAAGGAGCUGAAGGCCAAGCUUGAAGAUUUGCAGAAUCGGUACUGCAAAAGCCAGGAGGAAAACUGCCGGCUUUUGGAUGCCCAGGAAAAGUUACAGGAGGACCUGGAAUUUUGUGGAAUGGAGGUAGAACGCCUCAAAAGUGUGGAUGCCGCCAACCAGGAGGCUUUUAAGAAGGAACUGAAGUGUAAAGCUGAAGAAUUUCAGAAUCGAUACUGCAAAAGCCAGGAGGAAAACUGUCGACUCUUGGAUGCACAAGAGAAAUUACAGGAGGAUCUGGAAUUUUGUGGAAUGGAGGUAGAACGCCUCAAAGCUGCAGAGGCCGCCAACCAGGAGGCUUUUAAGAAGGAGCUGAAAUGUAAGGUUGACGAAUUGCAGAAUCGGUACUGCAAAAGCCAGGAGGAAAACUGUCGACUCUUGGAUGCACAAGAGAAAUUACAGGAGGAUCUGGAGUUUUGUGGAAUGGAGGUAGAACGCCUCAAAGCUGCAGAGGCCGCCAAUCGGGAGGUUCUUAAAAAGAACAAAGACUUGGAGGCCAGGAUUCAAGACCUGGAGAUUCUGUAUCAGGACAGUAAGGAGAAGCAGGCCCACCAUCUCCAAGUGCAGCAGGAGCUGCAGGAAGCUCUUGACUUCUGCCAUCAGGAUUUGGAGAUGCUCCGGAAUGCGCAGAACCAGGAUAACAAGCCAAACAAGUGCGAGGACCUGGUGGCUAAGCUGAAAGAAUUGCAGGAACUGUACAACUCCAGCCAGAAAGAACUGGCCCAACUGCAGUUUGAGCAAGCCGAGCUCCUGGAGAAUCAGAGGAGGCUGCAGGAGGAGCAGGGCCAGCUGCAGGAGGAGCUACACAGGCUCACCUUCCCUGUGCCCAAGCCCAACCUCCUCCAGAAGAGUCAAGAGUUGUUGGACAAGUUGGGUGAAUUGGAAGAACUACAGACCAGCUAUCAAACCCGGCAAGAAGAGCAAAAAAAACUGGUGGAGAGUCAGGAACAGCUGUUAAAGGAGCAAGUCGAGGUGCAGGAAGAGCUUCGACAUUUAAGGGAGAGCCAGACAGGGUUUCCCAUCCAAGAAAAGUCAUCAUCUGGAGAUAAAAGUAGCAAACCAAGUGAACUAUCCAUCAAGAUCCAGGAGCUGCACGUGCUGUACCAGACCAGCAACGUGGAACAGGAGCAGCUGCAGCAGGAGCAAGGCAGGCUGCUGGAGGAGCGCAAGAGGCUGCAGCACGACCUGCAGCUCUGCCAGGAGGAGAUGCAGCUGCUGCAAUCUCUGACUCCACGGCUGAGCUUCGACAACAGGACCGGUUUUGGAAGGAGUUAUAUCAGCAGCAGCAGCAGCAGCUAUAGCAGCGAGGACUACUGCAAUGACAGCGAGGACUCGGAGGUAGUCCAGGAGGUAGUUGCUUGUGUGAUGAACAGGCUGCAGGCAGUAAAGUCCAUGUACUUGAUCAGCCAAGGUGAGCACAGCCAAUUGCAGCUAGAUAUGAUGCAGUUACUGAGGAGGCUAAGCUGUCUCCAGGAGGAGCUCGAACUCUGCCAGGAGGAGCUCAGGGAGUGCGAAGAGAGCAAGAAAAUGGAAGAGCCCCCUCCCGUCGUCCUGCCCCAGAACAGUCCGGAGUACAAAGAGCUCCAGGCCAAGCUCCGAGAGCUGCAGCUGCAGUACCAAGCUAGCAUUGAUGAGCAGAGCCGGCUUCUGGCCGUGCAAGAACAACUGGAAUGUCAGCUGCAAUACUGCCAGGAGGAGCUUUGGCAGCUCAAGGCUGAGAAGGUGUGCCCCCCGGCGCCGAAGGAGACCGUGGACUGGUGUGACAGCAGCGCCAGUGAUAUCAGCAAAGUGAUGGAGAGGACGGGCCUCAAAAGCGGCAAGGCGUUCUGCGUGACUGGCAGCCAGAGUCAGGAGCUAGAGGUGGUUCUGUACUAUAAGGCCAGCUCGUGUGAACUGGGAAAGGAGGAGGAGCCUGAGGAGCUGUGUGAGACCCUGGAGGAUGAAGAGCUGCUCUUCCAGGAGAUGACGGAGGAAGAUGAGCCAGAGGAAGGGCCAGAGGAAGAGCCAGAUCCUGAGCCUGAGCCCGAGCCCGAGCCCGAGCCCGAGCCUGAGCCCGAGCCCGAGCCCGAGUCCGAGUCUGAGUCUGAGUCCGAGUCCGAGUCUGAGACAGAACCCGUGGCCAACUGUAUAAUAGUGCCCGUGGUAAAGCACGUAGAAUUCCAAGACCGACUGGACGAUGGGCCAGAUGACCUGUGGGGACAGGUAGGCUGCUUUGAGGAUGAAUCACUAGAGCAGAUGAAUGUGCAGGACGCCAGACAGGAGGAAGAAGUCACCAAGUCAGAGCCCAAGGACCCCACCACCAUCAAGAUCCCUGAGAGCAAAAAGGCCUGGUGGUCAUAUCGGCUCUGCUCUGGUGCUGGUGGGCUGAGACCUCAUCCUAACACAGAACUUGUUUGGAAUGUGGAAACCGUUGGUGUUCCUAGCCAUUGCAGCGGUGGCUCUCUACGUGUUACCAAACAUGCGCCAGCAAGAAACAGAGUUCUGCCUCACUGAGUAAGAGGUCAAAGCCAUCUGGUAUGGCGGACCUAUAGUUCCCAUCAUCCCCCAGCAGGACAGACCGGCCAGAACGACAUUCCCAUCCAUCGACCCCAUCUCCUGUUGGUCCCAUACUUGCAGUCUUAGUCUCCCCAGCUCAGAAAGGCCUAUGGGGAGUUCCUGUCACCAUUCUUCUGCUUCCCACAAGAACCUGGGCUCCUUGUAACUAAAUAUCAGCUCAAUGACA